UUCGCCAAAACGGAGGGCUCAUCGGAAAACAGUGCCGGCGGCAAGAUGACCAAGGAGAAGAAGGUCAAAAAGCCGAAAAAAGUCGUGCCGGAGUACACGCCGGUGGACGGGCUGAGUGCCGUCGACCGGCAGUUCUUCGAGAUAACGAUCAACGAUCUGAACCAAAAGUUGGCGCGCCUCCGCACGCUGAACGUUCAGAUCGAAGACCGGAACGAGGAGCUGGAGAGCAAGCUGAAGCAGAUCGAGGAGGACCGGGCGGAUGUGAUGGCGUUUCUGGACCGGAUGUUGCACGAAAAGCUGGCGGUUAUCGUGGAGCUGGAGGACAAGCUGAGCGAGCUGUCCAAGGUGCGGAAUCAGGAGAACGAAGAUUGCCAGAAGCAGAUCACUACGCUGGACGCCAAGUACAAGAUGAUGCACGAGCAGCUGACGUCGGAGAUACAGCUGCUGACGGGUAAGCUGAACUCGAUGGAGGAGUUUAGAUUGCAGCGGGAUGAACUGCUUGCUAAGUUUGACGCUCAGGAUGCUGAGCUGAAGGAGCAGAGCAAGCGCCACAAGACGAUUCUGUACGAGAUGGAGCGGAAGAUGAUUCUCGACAAAGAUCGUCUGCGCAAGGACGUCGAAAGCAAGCUGCUUCAGCUGUCGCAGGAGUUCACCAAGUCGUCGGAAAUCCGCGUAGCAGCCCAUACCCAGCGACUGGUUCGGGAGAACAUCGCAUUGAACAACGAAGUAGAUCGAGUGGUUUUCGCGUACGAACGUCUGGAGAAGGAAUUUACCGAACUAAAGAAGACCAACACCGAGCUGCGUAAUCAAGCGGAAAUCGAUCGAGUGGAGAAGCUACGUCUAGUGCAGACCUGUCAGGAACGUUUAGACCUCAUCAAAAAACUGACCGACCAGUACGAAGAACAGCUGCGUAAGAACGAGGAACUCACCGUUUACAAGGACAAAGCUGACGUGUUUAUACAGGAAACGGAAGACAUUAAGCAAGAGUUCAAAAAACUCACCCAUCGUACUCGCAUUCUCGAACAGUACACGCAGUACAUCAACAACGAACGGCACGUUCUCCAAACCGACUCCGAACACUACCGCAAAGAGUUCGACCGCAUGGCGGAGAUCUUGAAGGGAGUCCGUUCCACCGUCCGUGCUGCGUUCAAAGAAGACCGGGCAGAAGUGGGCAACGCUCUGUUCUACGAGGAAAGACGCAAGCGGCUGGUCGACGAUCUACUGAACAUGCUGACCGAACUGGAGAUAAAGCCACGUGUCGAGACGCCCCUCGUCAAACUUCCAGCGGACGUCGAGGGCUACAUCCGAGGCAGUCUGGGCAUGAUUCCUUGGGAAAUUACCGACGCAGAUCAACCACCGGAGUCCGUUCUGGACACCCCGCUGUUCACCCCGGACACGGCGUCCAACGUGAGCGAGCAGGAAAGCAGCGUCAGCUUGCGGAUUCCUUCCGAAAGCGACUCCGUGUACGACCGGAUCAGCCACGUUCGGUUGAACUUUAAGAGUUCGGAGGAGUCCGGCGAGGAGCGCCGUCGGAGCCGCAGUGGAGAUUUCGAUUCCGACGAGGAGGCCAAGAAGGUUUCGCUUGCGCGGUCGGGCGACGAUCAGGGUACGAUGAACGCGAUCGGAUCGGUAAGUUCGGAGGAGCAGGACGAGGUCAUUGUCGAUGCACCGGAUGCGUUUGAGGAGGAGCCGAUCGAGUUUGGAGCGAUUAAAAGUGAUUCGGAUUAAAGUACUUGAAAUAGUGAGUUCAAUUUCUAGUUUGAGUGAAAU